AUGGACGUGGGGCUGAAGGAGAAGCAGCCGCAGGCGCUGAGUCUGCUGGGCAUCCCCGUGGGUCACUUGCCCCAGUUCGUCCAGCUCUUGAUCUGCGUGGGCGGCGUCUUCUUCUUUCACAUCUGCCACGGCUACCUUCAGGAAGCGAUAUUCAAGGUUCCGGGGUACAAGUACGGCCUGUUCCUCACGCUCUUCGAGUUGUUGGCUUUCAUGCUCUUCUCCGUCUCCAGCGUCAACGUCUUCUCUAACGAGCGAAGGACGCCCCUCCGCUACUACUUCAUCUUGUCCCUCCUUCUCUUGCUCACCACCGGCCUGGGCAACGCGUCCCUGGGCUACCUCAACUAUCCGACCAAGGUGAUUCUACGAUCGGCCAAGGUGAUCCCCGCGAUGCUGUGCGGGCUGCUGGUCAUCCAGAAAAGGCUCACCAACGCUCGGAGCAGCUACACACUUGCCGAGUACUGUGGGGCUGCGCUUGUGAGUGCGGGUCUCGCCCUGUUCACCCUCGCGGACAGUCAGCUGAGCCCCAAUUUCAACGUUAUUGGACUGGCUAUGGUCAUGACCUCGGUCCUGUCAGAAGCACUUUUGUCCAACUUCCAAGAGAAGAUCCUGAAGAACUUUGGCAGCCCCCAGUCUGAGAUGGUCUUCUACUCCAACUUUGUGGGCUUUGUGCAGAUAUUGGCAGUGACCAUCUUCUCAGGGGAGCUUGUCACAGCCAUGGAGUUCUGCAUGCAGAACAAGGGCACCUUGGGACUGGUCAUGAUGGAAGCAACAAUGGGCUACUUUGGUGUUUACUUCUACCUAGCCAUCAUCAAGAGGAAAGUGGUAACCUUAGUGUUGUCCUUCAUCAUCUUCCCAAAGCCAUUUACAUGGCUCUACCUCUUAUCAGGGAUCAUGGUGUUCUCUGGCUUUGGACUCAACACUUAUGUAAACAAUGCACAGUGGAUCCAUGACAAGUUGCAGGCUUGGUUGGAACAAAGGAAGGGCAUCAACCAGGAGGAGUGGGAGUGA